CCUAGUGAGGAAAGUAUGGGCCCUGAAGUCUAGCCUCCGCGCUUGGAAUCUUGUUUUACCUGCUAAGCUACUAGCCAUGUGACUGACACUACCUUCUCUGAGCCUCCGCUCCUUAACCGGCCAAGAUGGGAACAACGGUAAGACCACUCACUCACAGAAGACCUGGGACAAUUAACCCAGAUUAGAAAGUGACUGCACAUAGAGAGCACUCCAAUGCUCCCGUUAUUAUGAUCUGCGGAAGAAUAAAAAAGGAGAGAGCAUCGGAAGGAAGGAAAGGAGAGAAGAGAGAAACCAGGCUGGCCCACCGGUGCAGCCAACCUCUGGCCACUCUCCAGCUUGCUGUGUUUUCCAAGCGUCCUAAGGCACCGCUCUCUGCUCCACCUAGGACGUGGCAGGUGGAGGAAGGCACGGACGGUCUCCAGGCUGUCUGAUUCUCAGGGUUUCAUAUCCACCACCGGAGGCGGUCCCCUCCACCUUUCGGCCCUACUCACCAGGUUCCCCCACAGCAGAGCCGGUUUCCCAUGGCGGUUGUGUCUCCCAGGGAGCCCAGCUGGUUUUCAGACAUAAAGAGGUUUGCGCAUUUCCUGGUUCCCGGCUGAGCGAACGGCAACGGCUCCCAGGAAGUCUGUCAGGAUCAGAUUUCAACCGAGUAGGUUGGACCUUGGAAGCCACCUGGUGGAAUGAUUCCCAAGUGACUGUUCGCAGCCAAAGGGCAGGAAGACACACGGGCUCCAGCUCAGUGAGUACCGGGUAUGUGUCACCCUGCCAAAUCCCUGAUCACAAGUCUCCAUGAACUGGCGGUGAGCUGGGAUAAUAAAACCCCUGACCUCACCAUUCCAGAAGCUUCAGAAGACUGCAUAUAUAAGGGGCCGGCUGGAGCUGCUGCUGAAGGAGUUGACCAGCCAACCGACUCUGCAUUCAUCUAGCCACAAUGGACAUCGCCAUCCACCACCCCUGGAUCCGGCGCCCCUUCUUCCCCUUCCACUCCCCAAGCCGCCUCUUCGACCAGUUCUUCGGAGAGCACCUGUUGGAGUCUGACCUCUUCUCAACAGCCACUUCCCUGAGCCCCUUCUACCUUCGGCCACCCUCCUUCCUGCGGGCACCCAGCUGGAUUGACACCGGACUCUCAGAGAUGCGUUUGGAGAAGGACAGAUUCUCUGUGAAUCUGGACGUGAAGCACUUCUCUCCGGAGGAACUCAAAGUCAAGGUUCUGGGGGACGUGAUUGAGGUCCACGGCAAGCACGAAGAACGCCAGGACGAACAUGGCUUCAUCUCCAGGGAGUUCCACAGGAAGUACCGGAUCCCAGCCGAUGUGGAUCCUCUCACCAUCACUUCAUCCCUGUCAUCUGAUGGAGUCCUCACUGUGAAUGGACCAAGGAAACAGGUGUCUGGCCCUGAGCGCACCAUUCCCAUCACCCGUGAAGAGAAGCCUGCUGUCGCCGCAGCCCCUAAGAAGUAGAUCCCCUUUCCUCAUUGAGUUUUUUUUAAAACAAGGAAGUUUCCCAUCAGUGAUUGAAAAUCUGUGACUAGUGCUGAAGCUUAUUAAUGCUAAGGGCUGGCCCAGAUUAUUAAGCUAAUAAAAAUAUCAUUCAGCAACAAA